UAGAGCCCCUAGUCCAGAGAAGGGGGUUGUGCAUGAGGCUGGAGUCUGCCAAGGGCAAAAACUGUCCAGCGGGUAGCCGAAGGCCAGGACAGGGCGGAGACAUCCUAGAGACCCACAUCACGCGCCCAUCCUCCUCCUCCUCCGGGCGCGCGGGCUCUUUAAGCAGGGGGCUGGGGGCGUGUCAGGAAAUGCGGCCUGGACCCGCCCCGGCCGGGAGGCGGCCGCGGAUGUCCGGCGCCAACCCGUGGUCUCGCCGGCCCGAGCAGCAGCAGCAGCAGGCCUCCCGACCUCCGUCCACCUGCGCCUGCUCUCAUGAGUCGCUCGGACCGGGAGCCGGGUGUGCAGCAGCACCGGCGGCCUCACCCCCGUGCAGCCUGUGACCCCAAGAGGCCCGCGGAGGCGUCUGCCGGCCAGCCCCUGGGUCCCCGCUGAGGCUCCGCGCUCCUGCCUGGGGGGGCUCCGUUCCGGCCUGCCUUGACCCCGGGCUCCUCUGUCGCCAUGAACAGGGCCCCGCUGAAGCGAUCCCGAAUCCUGCACAUGGCGCUCACAGGGGCCUCCGAUCCCUCGGGAGAUGCGGAGGCGGGCGGUGGGCAGAAGCCAUUUCUGCUGCGAGCCGUGCAGAUCGCGCUGGUCGUCUGCCUGUACUGGGUCAUCUCUAUCUCCAUGGUGUUCCUCAACAAGUACCUGCUCGACAGCCCCUCCCUGCGGCUGGACGCCCCCAUCUUCGUCACCUUCUACCAGUGCCUGGUGACCACGCUGCUGUGCAAGGGCCUCAGCGCGCUGGCCACCUGCUGCCCCGGGACCCUGGACUUCCCCACCCUGCACCUGGACCUUGGCGUGGCCCGCAGCGUGCUGCCCCUGUCGUUGGUCUUCAUCGGCAUGAUCACCUUUAAUAACCUCUGCCUCAAGUACGUGGGCGUGGCUUUCUACAACGUGGGCCGCUCGCUCACCACCGUCUUCAACGUGCUGCUCUCCUACCUGCUGCUGAAGCACACCACCUCGUUCUACGCCUUGCUCACCUGCGGAGUCAUCAUUGGUGGCUUCUGGCUGGGCGUGGACCAGGAGGGGGCCGAGGGCACGCUGUCUCUGGCAGGCACCGUCUUCGGGGUGCUGGCCAGCCUCUGCGUCUCCCUCAACGCCAUUUACACCAAGAAGGUGCUGCCGGCUGUGGAUGGCAGCAUCUGGCGCCUGACUUUCUACAACAACCUCAAUGCCUGCGUGCUUUUCCUGCCCCUGCUGCUGCUCCUCGGGGAGCUGCAGGCCCUCCGUGACUUUGCCCAGCUCGGCAGCGCCCACUUCUGGGGCAUGAUGACCCUGGGCGGCCUGUUCGGCUUCGCCAUCGGCUACGUGACGGGCCUGCAGAUCAAGUUCACCAGUCCCUUGACCCACAACGUGUCGGGCACAGCCAAGGCCUGCGCGCAGACCGUGUUGGCCGUGCUCUACUACGAAGAGACCAAGAGCUUCCUGUGGUGGACCAGCAACCUCAUGGUGCUGGGGGGCUCCUCCGCCUACACCUGGGUCAGAGGCUGGGAAAUGCAGAAGGUUCAGCAUGACCCCAGCCCCAAGGAGAGUGAGAAGAGCGCCAUGGGGGUGUGAGCUCCUACGGACACCCCCAGGGAUAGAGUCCAACUUGGGGGAACGGAGAGGGCAUCAUGGCCCUGCAAGGCGCUAGGGUGCUGCAUGGCCAUGCCCAGCAGAACCCAGUGGCUGCUGGCUCUCUCUCCUCCCCAGGAGAGCCCUCAGUGGCAUCAGCACCCACUGCUGUCCCCUCCCUGGGGCCUGUCUACCUCCACCUCCCCUGUGGGGUCGGUGCGGCCUGCAGCUUUGGUUUGCAGUAGCAAACCCUGAAAAGUCCUCAGUCCUACUCAGGGUAGACCAGGAAGUCCCCCCACCACAGCCAACUGAGGGGGGCACAGCUCCAGAGCCUGGGUCCCUCAAACCCACCUUCCUUUGGCGAAUGGCAGGAAAUGGGCUGGUGCUCCCUCUCCCAUGCUGAGACAAGGCCCACGGAAGGGGAAGUGGGGCACUGAGUGUCCUUGUGGCUGAACUUGGCACCACUCCUCUCCCCGUCCAGGGCAUCUGUGAAUGAGAUGGAUCCAGAGGAAGGGCUCCCCCCACCCAUCUGCACCCAAUCCUUGGGACACGAGACCCCACACGGGUUCUUCAAAGUCAUGAACACUCCCUGACCAGACACCAGAUGUCCCUGCUUGGCCUCUCGGCCCCUAAGGGGCCACCACACCCUCUGACCUCCAGCACCUGUUACUGCCACCUGGUUCAGGAAGGUGCCCCUCCCUUGUUCCAACUCCACCUCAACCAAAAAAUCUUUGUCCCCGGGUGGGGCUGACAGAGCCCGGGUCAGGUUCCUGGUGCCACACCCCUCCCCCAGCCCUCAGCAGGGGAGGUGCUGUCACCUGACAGAGCCUGAGGUUGGGGCUAAAGGAACCUGCUUGUCCACCGUCUGGGUCCUUGGGUUACCAGGUGGCUCAGGAAGAGCAGGU